AUGAGGAUCUUAUGGAGGCCAUUUGAAUUUUCAAGAAGAUUUGUGAAAGUGGAAAGCUGUAACAUAUCUGAAUCCAAGUCACUGAUUCUACUGUCUUGGGCAAUACUGAAACAGAAGCUUAGAACCUCUGAAGUUUUCUUUUUGGGUCAAAGAAAAAAAUUCUCAACCAUGCCAGAAUCCGAAAUAAACCAGGGAGAUUCUGAGUUGUUUUCACCACCCUCUGAUGUUCGAGGAAUGACAAAACUUGAUAGAACUGCUUUUACAAAGACGAUCACCAUCCCAGUACUUAAAGUGAGAAAAGAAAUAGUCAAUAAAUUGAUGCGAUCUCUUAAAAGAGCAGCAUUGCAGCGCCCAGGCAUAAAGCGUGUGAUUGAAGAUCCAGAAGACAAAGACAGUAGACUAAUUAUGUUGGAUCCCUAUAAAAUAGUUUCUCCAGAUUCCUUUGACACAACAGAACUCAAUAUUUUAAAGCAGCUUAAUGUCAAUCCUCAGAUAUCUAAAUAUAACUUGGAAUUGACAUAUGAAAACUUUAAGUCAGAAGAGAUCUUGAGAGCUGUGCUUCCCGGAGGCCAGGAUGUAACGUCAGGGUUUAGCAGAGUGGGACAUAUUGCCCACCUGAACCUUCGAGAUCACCAGCUACCUUUCAAGCAUUUAAUUGGUCAAGUUAUGAUAGACAAAAAUCCAGGAAUCACUUCAGCAGUUAAUAAAAUCAAUAAUAUUGAUAAUACUUAUAGAAAUUUCCAAAUGGAAGUACUAUCUGGAGAGGAGAACAUGCUGACCAAGGUGCGAGAAAACAACCAUAGCUAUGAAUUUGAUUUUGCAAAAGUCUAUUGGAAUCCUCGUCUCUCUACAGAACACAGCCGUAUCACAGAACUUCUCAAACCUGGAGAUGUUCUGUUUGAUGUUUUUGCUGGAGUUGGGCCCUUUGUCAUACCAGUAGCAAAGAAAAAUUGUACCGUAUUUGCCAAUGAUCUCAACCCUGAAUCCCAUAAAUGGCUGUUGCACAACUGUAAAUUAAAUAAAGUAGACCAAAAGGUAAAAGUCUUUAACUUGGAUGGGAAAGACUUCCUCCAAGGACCAGUCAGAGAAGAGUUAAUGCAGCAGUUGGGACCACUGUCAAAAGAGAGAAACCAUUCUGUGCACAUUGUUAUGAACCUGCCAGCAAAGGCUAUCGAGUUUCUGAGUGCCUUCAAAUCUCUGUUAGAUGGGCCACCUUGUCGCCAUGAGCUCCUUCCCAUAGUGCACUGUUACAGCUUUUCCAAAGAUGCUAAUCCUGCUGAGGAUGUUCGGCAGCAAGCUGGAGCUGUGCUAGGUGUUCCCCUGGAGGCUUGCAGCUCAGUACACCUAGUAAGAAAUGUGGCCCCCAAUAAGGAAAUGCUGUGCAUCACCUUUCAGAUUCCUGCUCAUAUCCUCUACAAGACGCAGGCCACAAAUCUAGAAAAUCAUGAAGAUCCACCUCUUAAACGCCAGAGAACAGAUACUUUGUAG